AUGAUAAGAAGUGUGAAAUCCAGAGUAACGCUUUCACUUGCGUUUUUUCUCUUAACCUGUCUGUCUCCGCAUGGAAAAGCGAAUUGUCAAUCCCUUUUGCCCGUGUCUUACGCAACGCACCAGUUGUACUCGUUUGACAAGUUGACUCCCGUGGAAGUAAAAAGCGACUUGAAGAAGACCUUAGGGAGUUUUAUAACUAGCAAGUUAAAGGACUUACAGAAGAAGUUUUACGACUACAAGGGUUAUGGUAGCCAUGGACACAGCAGUAGUGAUGAACAGGGGGAAACUCUAAGGAGUGACUAUGACGCCUCGAUCGAAGAAGAAGUGAAAGCACUUUUGGGGCAGGCACAAAACAAGAGAUAUCUGUCCAAAAGAAUAAAAGACUCACAUGAUCGUGCUUUGAGAAAUUUAAAAAGGAAUAGAAAUGAAGAAGGGCGCGACGAAGAAAGAACUAGAAAAUUGCUGCAACAUAACUUAGAACAAAUAAAUUAUCUGAAUAAAAAAUCGCAUUACCUGGAAAGGAAGGCGGAAGAGCUCAGGAAUCAUUUGAAAAGUAGCAACAGUAAGAAUUACAAUUAUCAGCAGGAAGGCAGGAACUGUGAUAUUUACAAAAUAGGGAAAUUAAAAUUUGUCGCUUCUUCUAAUGGAUUAAAACAUUCGAUUGAUAACGUUCGCGGGAAAAUUGACAACUCUGGCUUUACUAUUUUUUACAAAAAUAAAAAAAAAAUGACUUAUUUGUGGAAUGCUUUGGAACUACCUAUCAAAUUAAUUGGCAGUGUGGAACAGUGCUUCCUUUUUGCAUACAAAAAUAAUAACCAAAUUUUAUGUACAGACAAUAAGCUGAAAGCAGCUUCUUGGGUUAAUAGUCUUGCAGAGGCCUCCGCUUGUUAUCACUUUGGCAUAAAGGGAAUACUUGUGAAUACAAAUAAUGUUAAAAAUAUACAAGAGAAGCUAGGUAAAAGUAGGAAAGAUGAUGCGGAUGGUAAAAUGCUAGUAGUCGAUUUGAAGCCCGAGGAGGACACAACCCGGGUGUUCGUGAAUAACCAUGAGCAGAAUGUGCAGGACGGCGAUGACGGAGUUAUUGAUUUGAAUAAAAUUAAGAGGAACAUGGAGGAGGAGGAGGGGAAGACGAAGAAGCUGACCACGCAGGAGGAAGUCCCCUCUGGGGAGAAGGCUGACACAGAAGGGGUUGAGGAAGAAAUGGACGAGACGCAAGUCGUUGAUGAAAAUGGAAGCGGUGCCCAAACAGGUGACGAGGAUGCAGAAUAA